AUGGAUAUCACUAGUAGUGCCCAAAGAAGUUUGUUCUUGCUGUUGCUCAUGGGGUUGGUGGUAAUGGCAUCGUCGUCCAGCGCAUCCGGCACCACUACUCCACUGUUGGCGUCUCUCCCCAGCUGCAGCCAUUCUACCUACGAAUUGACAAAGUUGCCUACAGAAGAAGCCAUUGAAGUUUCUCCCUGUGUUAUUGCCAAUAUCAAACCUGAACCUUCCGAGAACACUACAAUAAUCCCUCUGGUACAUGUAACACCAACCUCCUGUGGUACUGGCCGUGAUGGAGCAGUCACUGGUGUCAAAGUCAUUAAUGCUGGGCGUGGUGUCCCGAUUGGCUUUGCCCAAGACCAUUUCGUCAAGUUCCACCUUGUCAGUGUGACCGCUGGAUCUUCGCGUGCUGCUGGGUACGAGGGACGACAUCAAUAUAUUUUGAGAGGACUGGUCGAGGAGCUUCAAGCGCCAUACAUAGUGGGUUCUUGCUCGUUUGUGGCUUCCAUUGAAAAACCAGUGGCUCGGGAUUUGGAAGCCAUUCUCAUGGCACAAGUCGGGCCUCCCUCCUUCUACCAUCCUUCCAACAGCAAUCCGUUUGUCUUUGGAAUCCACAUCAACUCUGAUACAUACCCCUUGCCCAAUGUGCAGGCAUUGGACUUUUGGGCAGCCCAGAAUAAUCCAUCAAGGGAUAUCCCUGUUCGUGUAAUUUAUCGACAAGAAUCUGAGUUCUUUCGGAGCACCUGUCAAUCUGCCAUUCGAGCACUACAAAAAAGUGGAUUUACCAACAUUGAAAUCAUGGAAUUUGAUCCCACUGGAGACGACAACGGAGAUGGCAUAGAAAAUGAGCUUGACGCCAUCACCCUGGGUGAAAUUGCUGAUAAAGCUUGUCCUCCGGAUCAUCCACCUGAUUUUCAUCCUGCCUUGUUUGUGUGCACCGUCACGGAGCAUGACGUAUUGUUCGAUAGAUGGAGACAAAAUCAAUGCCGUCCAACGAGCAUGUGGCUGACAGCGGCCACUUGGACCUGGGCAGCUCGGAAUCCUGAAUUGCUCCCUUAUCUCCAUGGAGGUGGACAAUGGCAUCCUGCCUUGGACUAUGGUGAUGAAUUUUUUGACAGUGGCACGGAACUACUCCAACACACCUACCAAGAGUAUGGAUACAAUGGCACGUACGAUCAGCUAGUGGGCUACACCAUCCCCUAUCUCUAUGCAAAGCACCUACAAAAUGCCUACAAAGUUACCACUCAUCCAAAUCCAUUGGAAGAUUUUGCCACGGCUGAGGGUCGUGAACGGCUCAGACGAGACAUGAUGGUUCUGACGGCAGACACAAUCUUUGGCAAGGUUGCCUUUGACCAGAACCAACGCAAUGUGGGAAGAGGUGCCGCUGGGACGCAGUGGUUACCCUUUGAAAAGGGUGAAUUUUCUGGUGGAAGGCGAAAGAAAGAACCAGCAUUCAACAAUCAAAGCGAUGCUGUUUUUGCCAAUGCCCUGGUAUCUCCCCUGCUGCAAGCACAAACUUCGAUUGUGUUGCCAUCCCCAAGUGCCACGGAAUGUGUACAGGGCAGCUUUCUCAAUCACACAGCACUCAAAACUCAAAGUUCUAUCUUGCUGAGUGCUUGUGAGCUGUGCCCUAUUGACACGUACAGCACAAGAGACAACAACGUAGCCGGGUUUUGUUCGUCAUGUCCAGUAGGCAGCACAACCAAAGGACGAAGUGGACAAACCGAGUGUAUCCCCAAUGAAGAACUCAAUUACAUUUCACAGGAACUGCUUAUUGUGGGGUAUACACUUUUUGGUACCAUUACCUUUGUAUGCCUCGUCAUGGCCUCUUGGUUGUGGAGCCACAAGGCAAAUGUUUUGGUGCGCAUCAGUCAACCCCUACUCCUGGUUUUGGUCAUUUUUGGUUGCUGGAUCUCAAGUCUCUCGAUUGUCUUCCUGGGAGUCCAAGCUGAGGUGGCAUCUGACAUGGUGAAUGCAGCUUGUAUGGCCACACCCUGGCUAUACGGGGUUGGCUUUGCUGUUGCCUAUGGACCUUUGCUUGCCAAGCUACUCCGGAUCAUGCUGGUUUCAAGAGCUGGACGCAAGAAACAAAUGGGCAAGUCAACUGGAUCCCAAAGGGCGGUGGGUCUAAAAGAAGUCUCUGGCCUAGUGGGCAUUAUCCUGAUUAUCCAGCUGGCAAUUCUGACUGCUUGGCAGAUUGAUUCUCCCAUCCAAUGGACACGAGAAGUCAUUGAAGAGGUAGACGGCUUUGCCACAGUGAGUGUUGGGCGCUGUGAAUCCGAUCAUCAAUAUGCUUACUUUGGUGCUUUAGUGGGCUUUCAGCUGCUCUGUCUUCUUGGUGCACUUGUCCUGUCCUAUCAAACGAGGCACAUUCACAG